AUGCACUGGCGUCUCAUGAAAUGGCGAGCGCCAUGGCAGAAGCGCCAUCUCUCGGUACUUGAGCAGUUCCGGGCAGAAGAUGCGGCCAAGGAAAAGGAUGCUGUCAUCCAGAAGCGCCGGGAUGAGGCUGCUCGCCGUGUCACUCUUGAGCGUCUUGAGAAUCGAGAAAGCACCUGGAAUCGCUGCAAGCGCUCGAUACGCUGUCUCCAAUACCGAAAGUGGGGGGAAACAAAUAUGGAAAGCUUUGAGCACGAGUCAGUGAUAAGUGCUGGACGGUCGACUGGGGGGAUGGUCGAUAAGGAAGAUAGACAGGAGUUUGAAAAUGUCUCUAAGCCCUGGGAGGGAGACUACACAAGCGUACUAGUGGAGUAUGGCAUCUGUUAG